GCCAGACGGUGCAGUAUAAAGUAACAGUACUGUGUAGACGGCGCAGGGAGUGAGUCCUAACAUCCUUCGUCUCGACCCUUGAGUGAAGUGUUAGCAGACGCUGUACCUACGAAUAUUGAAAGAUGGCGAGAAAUCUCAUCAAAAACCCCUGUGGAGAAGAGGAGCUAGAAUAUUGGGAAGAUAUUCAGAAUGGAGGAGACGGGUGGAAAAUAGAGGCAAUCCCAGGAGACUGUGGAGCUGAUAUUCCAUGUGACGGGGUCUCCAAGUAUUUUGCUUCAUCUUUUGAAUGCUGCAGUAAAACCCAAGUGAUUGAUCUCCUUAAUGAAGGAUAUACUGAGGAAGUGCUGGAUGCCCAACCCAACAUCGUGGUCAGCGACUGGUAUGCAGCUCGGACUGACAGUAAGGGUGGUAUAUAUGAGCUUAAAGUGCAGCUGCUAUCUGGUAGCCGUGAUGUCAUCAAGGAGUACAACAGCGAGAGCGUCACCAUUCCUGAAAAUACAGACGGCGCCUGGACCCAGCUCACUUAUACCUUCUCGGAAUACGGUCCAGGAGUGCGUUUCAUCCAGUUCACACACUGCGGACAAGACUCAGUUUACUGGAAGGGCUGGUAUGGAGUUCGGGUGACCAACAGCAGCGUGAUAGUCGAAGCCUAGAAAUAACAGACGUGUUAUGCUUAAGUCACAUGAUUGCCUUUUGUUUCAUUGCUGAUCAAUAAACUGAAUAGUAUGAU